UCGAUACUAUCGCGAGUGGCCAACCCAGCUCUAAUUGACGCCAAGAAAUUUUGAUUGAUUUUGAAAAAUAUGGUAAAAAUUGAACCGUUCUUUCCCCUAACUGCACGGGCGGAUCCCUUUAACCGAGCGCACCCAGUUUAAGAUCCAUUUACCGGUCGCAGUUAAAAAGGAAAGCCGUAAACUGAGCCCCUCGGCGUUGCGACGUUCGACGCAGAAAAGCGAGCACGCGCAGGCCAGACGGUCGGUCGGUCGUAUCAGCUGCUGGCUGUGGCUCCCGGAGGCCGACCACGGACCAAUCCCCCGUAAUGGCCGUGCUCCCCGGUCCGUAGUCCCGGUAUUGCGAACCGAGUCGAGACCGAGGCCCUUCCAGCAGCCGGUAUUUCGUGCUCUGGUGUAGUAAAACAUAUAUAACUACUUCGGAGCUAAAGUAAACUGGUCAUAUUGGGAAACAUUGCGCAAAACUCAAAUCCGACGGACGGAACGGACUGACUCUGGAAAACACAUCACAAUAAGUCAUGCCACGGGGAAAACGCCGAGCUGCAGAUACUAUUAGCGACAACAUGGAUCAUGGUCAACCGAAGAGGGCCCGAACCAGCUACACCAGCAUACCCACACAACAGAGCAGCAGACGCCAUAUCAGAUUGGAAGAUGGCUUCAGUCAAAAGCGUUGCAUGGCCUGGUUCCAGGAGUACACAACACCAGAUGAACCGGAGACAUUGGGUCCCGAUGGCAUGGAAAAAUUCUGCGAGGAUAUCGGCGUGGAGCCCGAGAAUAUUGUGAUGCUGGUGCUGGCCUACAAAAUGGGCGCCACCCAGAUGGGCUUCUUCAGCCAGCAGGAGUGGCUAAAGGGCCUCACAGAACUCGACUGCGAUUCGGCAGCGAAAAUGGUUGUGAAAUUGGACUAUCUGCGCAGCAUACUCAACGAUCCCAACUCCUUUAAAAGCAUCUACAGAUACGCCUACGACUUUGCCAAGGACUCGGACCAACGGUGUAUGGAUAUACUCACUGCCAAAGCCAUGCUUCAACUACUUUUGGGCAAACAUUGGCCUCUGUAUCCACAGUUCGCACAGUUUCUAGAGCAAUCAAAGUACAAGGCGAUCAACAAAGAUCAGUGGUGUAAUAUUCUCGAGUUCUCGCGCACCAUUAGCAUUGAUCUAUCAAACUACGAUAUCGACGGAGCUUGGCCCGUCAUGCUGGAUGAGUUUGUUGAAUGGCUGCGCCUGCAGCGGAGUCAGGUCACCUCCACAACCGGAUCUAGCUGAGAAAAGCUGUAUCGAGUCGCCUAUUUCUAGUUCAACUUUGGGAGCUCAGUGCGGAGAGGAGUUCGCGGAGACUGAGUCGGAGAUGGGAUGCGAUGCGAUGGGAUGGGAAUGCUGAUAAGAUAGAUCGGCGAAAAUUUAAGACAUAACCGCAGGACACUCACUGACACCCACACCCACACUCAGAUCCACGAUCAGAUCCACCAGCCACUUCUUCGGCCUAAAACACACAAGCACACACUCACCCACACGGAAACACAAGGCAUUUUGGAGAGACUGCGUACACUGGCAAAGCAACCAACUAUGAAACUAAACUAUUGAUAAUAUAUUUAAUGUAAUAAUUUAUGUAUUAACGACGACAACUAAGAACUAAAACCACAUUUUUCUACUUAUAAGGCCUCUUUCGCAAACAAAAACAAAACAUUAAAAUCAGAACAGCAACAAGAGCCAAAACGGGGCAGCUUGUAAGGAGUAAUCCCAGAGAACGAAACGAUGGCAAUAACCAAGAGACCCCAAAUAGACCUAUUCUAGAACAUACAAUCCUCCAACCCAAGCGACCCCUUCGAGAUAUCAGCAGGCAUAGUCAAAAUCUAAACGGAAAUCUACACCAAUAGUGGGGUAUUCGUAGUCGUUAUUAAAUCAAUGUAGAAAAACAAAAUCUGGGGAUUAUUUAAUAAAGUUAUUAAGU